UCAUGGCAGAAAAUAUUAUUUACUGUGGUUCAACAGCUGGUUGGACCUUUUAGACGCUGACCAAUAGAAUUAGGCGGCGCUGUUAUUGACGGAGAAAAAAGUCCUCACAGUCGCCAUGAUACAGCAGCGGAAACGGGGAAGAAGUAGCUAGAAAACAAAAGAGAACACGCAGUCGUCCUCGCGAUUUGGUAUGCUCUUGCAGUGCUAUAGGAAUGCCCAAGGAAAAAUAUGACCCGCCGGAUCCCAGGCGGAUGUACACAAUUAUGUCCAGCGAGGAGGCAGCAAAUGGGAAGAAGUCAUACUGGGCUGAGCUGGAAAUCAGUGGUCGAGUAAAAAGUCUCAGCACAGCCCUGUGGUCUCUCACCCACCUCACUGCCCUUCACCUCAGUGACAACUCACUGUCACGCAUCCCGCCAGACAUUGCCAAACUACACAACCUGGUGUACCUGGAUCUGUCAUCCAAUAAGAUCAGGAGCCUGCCGGCAGAGCUCGGCAACAUGGUGUCUCUCAGGGAAUUGCUUUUAAACAACAACCAGUUGCGGGUUCUGCCAUUUGAAUUGGGAAAACUGUUUCAGUUACAGACUCUGGGGUUGAAAGGAAACCCACUUGCACAAGAAAUUAUGAGCCUCUACCAGGAACCCGAUGGCACACGGAGACUGCUCAGCUACUUGUUAGACAAUCUGGCCGGGGCUAUCAAGCGCUUACCAACAGAGCAGCCCCCAGCCCGGUCAUGGAUCUCACUCCAGGAACCAGAUCGAGCACGUCCGUCAGCAUUGUUCUCUGUGAUGUGCUACAAUGUGCUGUGCGACAAAUAUGCCACACGACAGCUGUACGGCUACUGUCCAUCGUGGGCGCUAAACUGGGAAUACAGGAAGAAAUCGAUCAUUCAGGAGAUUAUGGGCUGCAACGCAGACAUCAUCAGCUUGCAGGAAGUGGAAACAGAGCAGUACUUCAAUUUCUUCUUGCCUGAGCUGAAAGAGCAAGGAUACGACGGGUUUUUCAGUCCAAAGUCACGAGCCAGAACCAUGUCGGAGUCGGAUCGUAAACAUGUGGACGGAUGUGCAAUUUUCUACAAGACAGAGAAGUUCAGUGCAGUGCAGAAGCACACUGUGGAGUUCAACCAGCUGGCCAUGGCUAACUCCGAGGGUUCCGAGGCCAUGCUGAACAGGGUGAUGACAAAGGACAACAUUGGUGUGGCUGUUCUGCUCGAGGUCCGCAAAGAAAUGAUGGAGAUGUCCUCUGGUAAGUCACUCCAUGGCAUGGAGAAGCAGCUUCUCCUUGUAGCCAAUGCCCACAUGCACUGGGACCCGGAGUACUCUGACGUCAAGCUGGUCCAGACCAUGAUGUUCCUGUCAGAAGUGAAGAGCAUUGUGGACAAGGCCACUCGCAGCUUGAAGUUGUCGUCCGUCUCGGGUGAGACCAAUGCCAUUCCACUGGUGCUGUGCGCUGACCUCAACUCCCUGCCUGACUCUGGUGUGGUGGAGUACCUGAGUACUGGCGGGGUGGACUGCACCCACAAGGACUUCAAGGAGCUCCGUUAUAGUGACUGCCUGACCAAAUUCAACUGCAACGGCAAGAACAGCACAUCCAAUGGCAGGAUCACCCACGGCUUCAAGCUGAAGAGCGCCUAUGAGAACGGCCUGAUGCCUUACACCAACUACACCUUCGACUUCAAGGGUGUCAUCGACUAUAUUUUCUACUCCAAGCCUCACCUGAACGUGCUGGGCAUCUUGGGCCCUCUGGAUCCCCACUGGCUUGUGGAGAACAAUGUCAGCGGCUGCCCACACCCCCACAUCCCCUCUGACCACUUCUCCCUCUUUGCUCAGCUGGAGUUGCUCCUGCCCAACGUGCCCCCCCAGGUCAACGGGCUUCACCUGCCUGCCCGCAGGUAGUUAGACCCUGCCAUACCACCAGGGGGAGCUGCUCCACAGCCUCCCCCUCCCUCCCCCGCUCCCUCCCACUACCAGCUCUUCCCUCCACCACACUGGAGGAGGGAGACAAAGAGAGGAAAAGAAAAAAAAACACAACCUGUAAAAUAUUCAUACAGUGAGGUCUGGCUGACAGGGAUUUUCGUAUAAUGUUAUAGAUAUUCUAUAUUUUUCUUUUUUCUUUCUGUUUUUCUUUUUACGUUCUUUUUUAACUGCUUGAUUCAGUCCUGUUCGUGUAUCAUAUUUAGUGUUUUUGGACUCCCUUUCCUCAUCAAAUUCAACAACCACCACCUUUGCUAUUGUCUUUAAAUCUCCAGGGGAUGGUAGCUCAUUCAGGUUAGUCUCGUGGGGCAUUGUUUGGUCAAAAAGCACGAGGAAACCUAAAAGUGGCAGGGCGGAUGACAUUUACCUGAAAAGCUCCCGAGCUGACAGCCUGCUCAUCUGUCUGUCCUGUAUAAAUCUAAAACCAGCAAAGACAGCAGACAUGUCAGUCUCAGAAGUCCAUCUUUGGCUUUUUCUUGUCGUCCCCUGAGCUUUUGGUUCAAGGCUAGCCUUCUCCGUCUUUCUCGGACGCUGGCCGUGUGGCAGGUGGAAGCAGCUUUUUUGCUGGCUGAGGUCUCCCCGGAGGUGGAUGCAGGGCAGCUCGUUUGAGUUGUGACUUCCUACUGUCAUUCUGUGGUGCUGAGGCCUUUUUGUGUGGUAAUGGCCUCCCGUGGUGCUACAUGAUAGUCUACACCUCUGACCCCUGCCCUGGUGCGUUGGCGACCAAACCCACAGAUGCCCAAAGAACCCAAACGGCGAGCCUACAGCUGCCAAGCCCACAGGGGCAGCGCGUAGUGCUCAAGGCGUGAGAGGCUGAGGGCAGCUACCAUCCUAUUUGCAGACUGUUUCACCCCAGCUUGUUUAGAUGUUAGGCUAGUUUUGUGCUUGGGAGCUCUCGUGGCCCACGUAUCACCUUUUUUUCAGCGAGGAGCAAGGGAUUCAGGCUUGUUGGCAAAGCACUGGGGGCCCGUCACAGACCUUUCUUUAGUUGUGAUUGUUAGGCAGAGAGAGAGCAAUGGCUGAGACCCGGGAUAAAACCAGCAUUUCUCUCACUGUCAGGAGUUGCCAUCCAACUCCCCACAUGCAAGCUGACACAUCCACAUAGACACACACACACACUCAAAGGUAAUUUGCAGGCAGACGUGUAGCACUGUCUUUGAGGCCAGUAGUAACUUUCCCCAGCCAUAAGUUCCAUACGCAAAAGCAGCAUUUUUUGUUUAGUUUUUUUGUUUUUUUUCACAAGUGUUUGUACAGAAAAGAAAUCCAGACUCAGUCUUUACAUGAUUGUAUAUGAACCACAAAAGAACUGUUUUCUGGCGUUUUUUGUACGAAGAGUAAAUUAUGAUCAGAUUUGAAAAUAAGAUUGUAUUGUAAACAAUGGCUAAAUUUUUAUCCACUUAAUGUUAAGAUGAAUUGAUAUUACCAGCUUGUACAAAAGACGUAAGAAGAGGUCGUUCGAGGCGUUCGCUGUCUCCACUUUGCACUCCCUAGAUUAAUGUAUCAGUAUUGUUUAAAUCUACCCCCCCACCCUCACCCCCAUCCCCUUUGCCGUUGGUUUUAUUUGCCGGCGUAUUGCUGCGAUGUAAAUAGACACUGAGUAAACUGCCUGUUGCUUCUCGCCCAUUAACAAAGCCAUUGAUCCACACUGCUGCCAUCAGCUCUAACCGAGACAUGCGAGGACGAGCGGCGUCUGUUCCUCUGUGCAGCUCCCUCAGAAGUGAUGUGUGAUUGACUCAGCUUCCAUGAAUCCCAGCCGUACAUUGUGCCUCACUGUAGCAGUUGAUGUCUUGCACUACUUCUACGCAGCGAACGCCUCAACAACCUCUUCUCCUUUUAUUUUUAAAUACUGUUGAGACAUUUGUGAAGAUUUUAUGUCCUUUUGUUGAUUUUUGUUAAUGUUCAUUUCCUUUUUUAUGAGAUGUGACAAUGUUAUGAUGAUGUGUAUAUUCUUCUUAUUCAUUGAGCUCUCCAGUAAUCAGGUAUGCUUUCUCCACUGACCCCCCCUCCCCCCUCCCCUCCCUUUGAGGAGGGUGUCUUACCUUUAGAAACUGAUAUUCAGACUCUUGCUCCAUCUUUGCCCUGAAGCACAGCUCCAUUCCCAGGCCCCCAGGAACACCUAGCCCCAAACCUCCUUACUGGCCACGAAUUUUAGAUCCUCCCAAGCCUAUCUGUGACCCCCCCUCCCACCCCCCUCCAUGAACCGCCCGAUCUCUAACUGCUACACUGCUUAAGCUGUGUCUUUUUAAGCCCAACCACUUUGUAUAGAUUCCCCCCCCUGUCACUGCAGUCAUAGUGCCAUUUGUAGAGCCCCUACCUCUGCAUUGAAAAGGCUGGAAGGCCCACUUUUCUUUGCUUUUGGAUGAACAAGGGAUGAGGGUCAGUGAGCUUAGCUGUCCCUUCCUGAAGCCCAGGCCGGUUGCAUCCCGAGCAAACAAAUGAAAUCUGUCUGCAGUGACACAUUAUUCCAGCUGUCCAGCUUUUACACAAAUGAAUGAGCACUUAGAUUUAGAUUCAGCUCACCCUAAUCUUUGUCCAGCUAUAUUAGAAGUUAAAUUUCCAAUGCUAUAUAUGUUCAAAUGAUACUUUUAAAACAAGAGGGACGCUAAGAAAGAAGAGGUAUGAACUUGGAUCAAGAAAUCAUGUUUCCUCCCUCUUUAUAAUUUGCGCCCCCCUCUAAAUUUUUUAAAAAUUCCUCCCCAAACCUAAAGGAAACCAAUAUUUCCAAUUUGAUUUUGUUGUCCUGAAUGGCAUUAGUAUUGUAGUAGAUUUAAAAGGGUAUAUAUUUCUUUUUUUUCCCCUUUUUGUUUUUUUUUGUAAAGUGUGAAUAAAAGAUGUAUCUCAUGUUUCCUUUCUAAAAAAAGAUAUUGAAUUGUGUUGUUGAUGUGUAAAAUCAUGAAUUCUAUGAUAGCGUUCCGUUUGCUGCAUUGUUUUUACCUUUCCUCCACAUUUCUCUCACCUAGCACCCUGUGCCCCUUCCUCUCCGACAGACCAAACCCCCUGUAGAUGACGCGUAGUGCGGAUGCUUCUCAGAAUGAAACGGCGGGGGCUUAGCCGCUGGAACCAGCGGGCUCCUUUUGGUAUCAGUUGAAACCCAGCACAGGGACGUUCUGUUUUUAAACCUCUCAGCUUUAUUCCGUUUGUUUGCGUGGCGCUGGCCGGAGAGCGCCAAUGCCCCGUAGUUUAGGGCAGCGGUGCUGUCUCACUAGUGGCUGCAGUUCAGUACUAGGAAACACUGUUUUGACCGGUGUGAAACGUGUUUGUACGACAAAGCUAAUGAUGUGCCGCUAGACUGGUCCUGUGAUGAUUUUUUGCGUACUACUAGUCCCAUCUCAUUCUGUUCUCGUGCAUUACAGUGCUUAAGUCUGUUCAAACUAGCUUGCUACUGUUGAUAGUCACUGAUUUGACUCCCCAAUCUCUUUGGUUUUUUUCCCUCUGCAUGUCCGUCAAGUCAGCUGAAUUUUGGCAUCUUAUAGGCCUCAGUGCCCCCCCCCUCCCCCCCACCGAUUGCUUUAUCUGUUAGUCAUCUGGUUCCAUGUUUGUUUUUUUGUUUUUUUGUGUGUGUGUGUUGUUUUUCCUCCCCAGGCUGCAUCUCUUUUAACGGUGCACACCAAAGCUGCUUGUAGUUAAAUGAUUUGUCGUAGAGCGAUUCGCACACCAACCGGUCACAUUUAUCGUAAAACCCAAAUCGCCGUCUCCAUGAAAAGUAGGGCUGUAAGGAAGGCAAGGCACUUUUGUCCUUUUCCUUGAACCACAUCAACACCCAUCCCUCAUACUUUUCACUGUGGUUAGUUUUCCUUUUCCACCCAUCGGCUAAACUUGGCAAUAAUGACCAGAAACAUUCACGUUCAAAUAUUUAUUUUUCUUUAGCUCAUCUACAAAUGUAGCCGUUUCACCCGUUUCUAGUUUAAAAGCUCCAUCCUCAAUCUCUUGUUAGCUGACAUUAGUUUUGCAUCUCCCCCCCCCACUUCUUUUUACCAUCCAUCUUGUAUAAUUGCCCAUUUCCUCCUCCCUGCCAACUUAGUGGUAGUUCAAUGAUCAGGAUUGUCUAUCUGUAGUCAGCUGAGUACAUAUAUUGAUCUGUGUCACUGUGUUUAUGCACUGGACCAACUAUUGUUUACCAUUCAUGAAAUACCAGCAAGAAAAAGAAAAAAAAAAGAGUAUUGAUGAAACACUUGCACAACGUAGAAUGUCCAUUAAACCAGAUGAGAAAUCAAGGCAGCUGUUUUCAAAUCAACACAUACUGUUUUAAACUGAAACUGAAUGGUAAACAAUGCUUUCUGUUGUACCCCUUAGCCGUCCUCUUGAUUAUCUUUGGAAUAGUUUUAUUCUUUUCUUUUUUUCUUUUUGACUACAGGUUCUGCUUGUUUCCUUUACACCUACCUAUGUAUUUUCCUACUUCUGGUUGAAAAUAAAUUCUGUAUUAUCUGUUUCGAGCUGUGUCACCUCUUAUUCUUUUCAAUG